AUGGCCUUAUCGCUUCAAACAGACGUCGGACAACGGAAAUCAUCAGCGCCUGAAGAGCAGCGCCUACAAAAGAUGACAACUCUUAAAAUUCAGUUCGACUACGUUUUGUCAGGGAACAUCCAUCCUCCUAUCGGAUAUGAUUGGAGAAAGAAGUUCCGCCAACGUGUGUCGAUGUAUAUCCACACUAUAGACGGAACAAUGACAGUAUUAAUGACGCCAUCUCCUCCACCAUUUGUAUUCAAUAUGUUGGAAAGAUGCACAAUGAUCGAAAUCUGA